AAGGGUGGUAUCCUUGAACAUUAAUUUACAUGUGUAAUUCGACAACACCGUCAAGUGUCACGAAUUUGUCAACCUGACAUUGACAGUAAAUUAUAGACGUCGUCGCAUGGUUGUCGAAAGUGUUAUCGGUGUUAAUCGCAAGUAUUUUACGUUCGUUUAUUGUGUUGUGUGAUUUGCGUUUCGUUAGGUUUUUGAUUCUGCGUUUAUUAGUUCUUGUUUUGUGAAUCUGUAUUUUUUGUAACAACUCAUAAUUUAAACACUUCGUAACCUCAAAAAAUAUUUGAUAGUUUGUCACCGCUAUGCCCCUGCUAUGUAAACGUAGUGACAGAAAUGUCAGAUGACGCACACGCAAACGGAGCUGAGCGCUACCAUAAAUGACUAUAAAAGGAUAAUCGCAAAUACAACCCAAGCUGUAAUGUCGCUCAGAAAAUUGAAACACGUUGCACAAUGUACCGGGGUUUUACUGUACUUUUAUUUUUAAUUUAUAGUCCCCACUGUACGCACCUACAUUACUGGUUGUCUACUCAUUUGAUAUGUAAUCAGCGGAUUUAUUGUUAAUUUUUAUUUACUCUGCUUUACCGUGUUUUCCGUUAUUUUAACACGAAAAGCUUGCACAAGAAGAUGGACUGUAAAUCACUGAAAGUCCAACUUCCCAGUGGAAAAUACAUGCCUUUAAUUGGAUUUGGCACUUUCCAAAUCCGGGGCCGCAAUUUAAUAAGAGACGUCCUAAACCAUGCCCUUGCUGCCGGUUACAGACAAAUAGACACAGCAGCUGUGUAUGGCAAUGAACAAGACAUUGGAAUCGCCCUAAAAGAACUCUUGCCCAAGUAUAAACUAACAAGGGAAGACAUUUUCAUUACAUCAAAGCUUUCCCCAAGUGACCAAGGCGAUAAAGCCCUCCAGGCCCUCAAAACCUCAAUCCAAAACCUGGAUUGCACAUACCUAGACCUCUACCUAAUCCACUGGCCUGGGGCACAUGGCAUUCCAGGCAGCCACCCAAACAACCCCAAACUCCGGGCAGCAAGCUGGAGUUCACUUAGCCAAGGUGUCCAACAAGGACUAGUGCGAGACAUUGGAGUCUCAAACUACACCACACGACACCUGACCGAGCUCCUGGCCACUAACCCCUCAGUUAAACCCGCAGUUAAUCAGGUGGAGUGGCACCCACAUUGUCACCAAAGCGACCUGAAGGAGUUUUGCAAAACAGAGGGGAUUUUACUCCAAGCUUAUUCCUCACUCGGGGGCUCAAAUAACCCCAACUUGAUCUCAGAUCCCAUCGUGUGCGAAAUUGCCAAAAAGCUGAACAAGAGCCCAGCUCAGGUUUUGCUACGUUGGGCCCUCCAACAAGACAUUGGCAUUAUUCCAAAAGCUAGGUCUAGGGAGCACAUUGAGGCAAAUAUUGAUCUUAACUUUGCCAUCCCUCAGGAAGAUAUGAGCAGGCUGAGUAACAUUAAAACGCAAGAAAAGUACGCUUGGGACCCGAAAACUAUUCAAUAAUUUUUAUUUUUAAUAAAGUUGUUUAAUAAAGAA